UCAUUUCAGAGAAAACGAAAGUGAUAAUAAACCUCCGUGUGCAGCAAAAUGGCAGAAGCAAGCAUUUCAAUCGGUCAGGAACAUUUGAAUUGUUCAAUCUGCCUGAGUCUACUAAACAAGCCUGUGACUACUCCAUGUGGACACAGUUUCUGCAUGGUGUGCAUCAAUGGCUAUUGGGAUGCAAAAGACCAGAAGAAAGCCUACAGCUGUCCACAAUGCAGAGAGACGUUCACUCCAAGACCUGUCCUCCGCAAGAACAAUGUGCUGACUGAGAUUAUAGCCAGACUGGAGAAGCAAGAACAUCAGACAUCAUUUGCUCAAGCUUUAGACAUCAUUUCCAUUGAAGCUGAAGAUGUGGAGUGUGAUUCUUGCAUUGGGGUGAAAGAGAAAGCGGUGAAGUCCUGCCUGACAUGCCUGGCCUCAUACUGCGAUGUGCAUGUUCAGGCUCAUCAUGAAUCACCUGCCUUCAAGAAGCACACGCUCAUCAAAGCCCUGGGUAACCUCCAUGAGAAAACAUGUGCUCAACAUAACAAGCUUCUUGAGAUGUUCUGCCGCAAUGACCAGAGAGUGAUUUGCUACCAGUGUUCAGUGGACAAACAUGGAGAUCACGAUAUAGUCCCAGUUCAAGAAGAGUGGAUCAAAAAACAGAGCUACUUUAAGGAUCUACAGCACAAAUAUCAGACUAAAAUUAAAAUGAGAGAGAAGACGCUGCAGGAGUUGAAGGAUGUUAUAGAUGCCUACAAGCGGUCUGCACAAGAAGCAGUUGAAGACACUGAGAAAAUCUUCAACGAGCUUCUCAUGUCUAUUGAGAAAAGACGAUCUGAGGUCACCAACCUGAUCAGAGCUCAAGAGAAAGCUGAACUGGCUCAAACUGCAGAAGUACUGAAACAGCUAGAGACGGAGAUCGCUGACGUUAAGAAAAAACAAGCCCAGCUAGAAAAGUUGUCACAAACCAGUGGAUACGUCCAUUUUCUCCAGAGAUUUCAGUUCCUGGGUUCUGAACUGGAAACUGAUGAUUCUUUCAAGGUGGAUUACAAUCGCCAGUCGUCAUUCGACAAUUUUAAGAAAUCUAUCAUCCAAUUAAAGGAGGAAGUAGAAGAAUUCUGCAAGGAAAAAGUUGAGAAUAUUUCAGAAAAUGUGAUCUUCAACCAGAUCAUUGUAAUGCCUGAGCCAAAGACCAGGGCGGAAUUCCUGAAAUAUACUUGUGAGCUAUCACUUGAUCCCAAUACAGCACAUUGUUUCCUCGAGCUGGCCAAUGAUAACACGUAUGUGACAUCUGGUAAUCGGAAGCAUGAAUACCCUGAUCAUCCUGAGCGAUUUGCAGAGUUUCUACAAGUGCUCUGUAAGCAGAGAAUGCCUCCACGUGCUUACUGGGAGGUUGAGGUUAAUGGUAAAAAUGGAGUUUCCAUUGCUGUAUCUUAUAAAAGCAUUAACAGAAAAGGAUCGCAAAACGAGUCUCGUUUUGGACAUAACACACAGUCAUGGAGAUUAGUUCGAUAUCCUAAAGGAUACUGUUUUUGGCAAAAUAAUACCAAGAUUAAUGUCUCUGGUCCAAUUUCCCAAAGAAUUGGAGUUUAUCUUGACCAAAAGGCAGGAACUCUGUCCAUUUACAGUGUUUCUGAUAAAAUGACCCUAAUUCAUAAAGUCACAACUGCAUUCACCCAGCCCUUGUACGCUGGGUUUGGGAUAGGAACUGGCUCUUCUGCAAAGAUUUACCUUCAGGCCUCAGAGGCUAUGACUACCACUGAUGGUGCUCAGUGUUUGAAGAAGAAAUGAGUUACGGUGGUAGAUUUUAAAAUGAAAGAGAAACAAAUUCCAUAGGUUAAAAGUGUGAUUUGCUUAUUCAUCACUAGCUUAUUCUAAAUAUUGAUAAUCUUAGAAACAUAAGACCUAGACAGAUCUAAGACCAUCCCCUUCUUCGAGUUUAUUUCAAAUACAAUGUAUGACUGUUUGUUGGCAGUGCUGCUUCAAUGCUAAAAAAUGUGAAGGAUAACAUUUUAAUGCCACCAUGUUCCCCCUUGUGAAUCCUAUAAGAAAGGUUCCUUCCCUUAAACCAUACCUACCGCUUGUAGUACUAUAGACACAUGACUGUGUUCUGCCCCUUUCUUCCUUCUCUGCAUGUAUGAUGCUAAUUUAGACCUCCUUAUUGCUCCUAUCAUUCAUUCUGCAAGAGUUAUUCAGUGUGUUUAGCUGUAACAUCCCAAUCAGCAUGCAGUUUGACGGGUUUACUUUUUUGACAAAAUUGACUGAAAUCAAAACUACUCUAUGUGUUGCCAUCGUUAUUUUGUUCAAAUUGAUCUACGAUCAUGAUUGUGACCUCUGUAUUCAAUUAUGAAAUUUAAUUAUUGCUAAUUUUACAUUCUCUAAAUCUACAAUAAUAGUGCACAGCAUAUUUCUUUUAUUUCACCAGCAUGCAGAUCAAGAAAUUGCUAAAGAAUAUUUGCAUUUUAGAAACAUAAGAAUUUUAGAAUUUAUAUUGAAUCAAGUAUUAUUUUAUUUAUUUUUUUGGAACAAAUAAAAGUUCAAAGUUAAAA